CAUGGAUACCUGCCUUAAUUUUUCGCUUUAUAGGGGUUAGUCACAUAUAGGUAUAUCACUAACAUUGUAAAUUGUUUUUUGUUGUAGACGAUUCGUAUAGAUAAGAAUCAAAUAGCGUAGUACUCUUCCUUUUCAUUUCUGUAAAUAUUCAAGCUCUUUGACAGAGAUUUUAUACCUGCGCUAAAGCGUAUUUUUUUCAGUUUUCUGUCAUGGCACUAACAAGAUAUUAAUAGAUGAACGUUUUAAAGUCGUUACGCGGAUUGUUGGGCGUAUAUGAGUAUACGUGAAUGUGGAAUACAAGCUGCAACUUGAAAUAAAGUGAUCUAAUCUCCUCGCUUUGAGUAAUAAAUCUGCAUAGAAUGAUUGUAAGACUAAAUAAAUUGGUUGAAAAAUAUUAGAAAUGUAUUAAGCGACUAAUCUUAUACUUGUAUAGCCCUGGCUCAAUACUAAACUGACUUGCAACUGCGAAGACUGUUUUUAUGAAUGCAAAAUCUGUGUACAGAUAGUCAAGAUGAUCACUUUAAGGGGUAAACUGAAAAAAGAACCUGAUAUGUCAAACAAAUCCCAGGAUAUUGGAAAGCGCAUUUCAAUCAGAGAUAAAUUGCUCAUAAAAGAAGUACAGGAAAUGGAACAAAAUUUACCUUCAACGUGUCAAGUUACUUUCAGUGAUCCACACUGUCUAUAUGAAUUUACCUUGAUGAUUGCUCCUGAUGAAGGGUACUGGUGUGGAGGUCGCUUCUACUUUCAAAUUCACAUUCCAGAAGAAUAUAAUAUGAUCCCGCCAAAAGUGAAAUGUCUGACUAAAUUGUGGCAUCCUAACAUAAAUGAAGAUGGUGAUGUGUGUCUGUCAAUACUUAGACAGAACAGUAUAGAUGGAAUGGGAUGGGCGCCUACGCGUAAACUAAAGGACAUUGUCUGGGGCUUGAGUUCUUUAUUUACUGAUUUACUCAACUUUGAUGAUCCCUUAAAUAGAGAAGCAGCUGAUCUAUUUUCAAAAGACAAGGAAAUGUUUGGUAUAAAAGUUAAGGAAUAUUUAGUGCAGUAUGCCAAAAGAUGAUUGAAACUGGAAAGUCUUCGAUGCCAAGAAACUGGAUCUCCCGAAUCUAGUGUUCUGUGUAGAAUCAUGAUGAUGACUAUGAACAUUAUUCAAAUAAUUGUAAAUUAUAUUUAUUGACAAACGGCUGUUUGUUUUAAUGCUACUAAUAACUCUGUUACUUAAAGAGUGGCCACAUGAUGACUAAGAUAUUUUUCCUUUGAAUUAAGAUUGAAGUAUUCAUCCUACUGCUUCAUUUUGCAAGAUGAGUGAUUUGUUAAAUUUCUUAGUACUGGAAUGCAUUUGAUUUAGUAAUGUAUAAUAUUUGAGAGCCGAAAAGUGCAUAAAACAGUAAACUAUUAAUUAAUCUGGAUGUGAAGAAACUGAUAAUUUUUUGCAAUGUACUCGAUUUCUGCGAAUAAUUGGUCAUGCGAUUUUCUACUACAUGUAUUUAUACCGCAGCUUUGUGUGGCUGGCUUGUACGUUGUUUUGAAGCUUAUUGCUCGAGAAAGUUAGAAGAGUAGUAUAGAGGUGCGAGUGAGGCGUUUUUGUUUAUACUGAAACAUCUUGCAGCGCUGUAAUGCAGAUGUAAAUUGAUCUGUAAAUAAAGGAGACUAUUUAAUAUCAAAAGAAGAAA